UACUCUUUCUGCAUCAUUCCAUGCGAGCUAAUUGUUCUAUUCGUUCGAUCCCUGUUGUAAUUUCCACUGGAGCAUGCGGGCGGAUUUUAGAAUUGAUUUGCCUUCGAGCAGAUCUGAUGGGCCUAAUUAUGGCAACGGGCAUCGAGCGCCAUAUACAAUUUCAGCUCUAGAGAAAUCAGGGAGCUUUCGUGAGGGUUCAGAUCGCAUAUUCUCUUCACCUCACAACAUAUCAAAGUUUAGCAGCACAACAUCCCAAGACGACAUGACUUGCUUAUUGCAAUCUCUUGCUUCUGAUCUUAAGGGUGUUGCUCCAGAUCCAAAGUUAAAUCGGCCUGGAGAGAUGAAAAGGGCUAUGAGUUCUAUAUUUGGAGCACCCACUGAGAACUCCUCAGCUUCUACAUUUGAAACAAAGCAAUUUCCUUCUUCUUCUUUGGAGGGGAUGAGGCGUUUAAAGAAUAAUCUUCAGGAGAGUUCUUCUAAAGCAAGCCAUGGAAACCGUUUUUUUGCAGUCUGGGAAUAUGGAAAGACAUUUGAUGCUGCUUGUUCAAUGAUUGAUAAGUUCUGGCAGCAAAAAAGAAAGCGCUCUCGAAUUGGCCAAUCAUCUAAUGUGCGGACCACUGGUUUAUAUCAAGGAGGAAACAUUCUUAAGACCGGACUCCAAAGUUUUGCUUCAGGAAGUGGCCUUGAGAUGCCCGAAAGAGAGGAAAAGUCUAAAGUUGAAGUACCAAACAAAAGGAGUCGAACUUCUCCGCUUGAAACUAAUGGCACUGCAAGAGCUUCCAGCCUUCUUGAGAGGGAUAAAGAUGCUGUAAAAUUCAUAAGCGGAAGUACAACACAUUUGGUCGAAAAUGAUGGAGCAUUUUCACCAGUUGCUGAUGGUUGGGAAAGGUCAAAAUUGAAGAAGAAGCGUUCUGCAAUAAAAUCUGAUACUUCAGGUUCAAGGCUAUCUAGAUCACAAGGCGCUGAACGGGAAGCUAAAAGAGGAAUGCAGCAUAAGCUUGGCAUUGAUGCCCGGCCAAGAAUUAGUCAUGCACACAGUUUCAGGCCAGGAUCCGAUAGGAGUGCUGUAAUGGUUGGAAAUUUAGACACAAGCCCUCAACAUGCUUCCAGUAUGCGCUUUAGGAAUGAACUUAAUAAUGGUUCGCUUCAGAAUGACAAAAGGGAUGUACGAUUUUGUCCAGAGACUGAAAGUGCCUCCGUUAAAGUUAUUACCAAGCCUACCAGCCGAGAAGAUAGGAGUGCUGCAAGUCCAUCUUUUUUAAAAUUUGGCUCUUUGAGAACACGGACCAAUCCAGGUGCAUUGCCAAAAAGAUCAGCCAACGUCCUUCGAGUUAUGGGAAAUCCUGAGGAUAUGGAGCAGCCUCAAGCUACAGAGAAGCUCAAUGCGCUUGGUGUUAAUAAUAGGAAAAGAGCAGCUUCUGCUACGUCAUCAUCACCUCCUGUAGGGCAUUGGGCUGUACAAAGGCCAAAAAAGUUUUCCCGAUCUUCAAGAAGAUCAAGUCUCUCCCCCCUUUUUUCAAGCCAUGAUGAGUUUUCUGUAUCAGAGCCUUUAGAUGAUGUUUCCAUUCAUCAUGAUAGUUUAGGGGAGGCAAGGCAUACAUCUUUGAAUGCUUCCCAACAGUGUAAAAUAAGAGGCGAUAAUAGUUUGGCCUCAGCUUCAUUGUCAGAAAGUGAGGAAUCAGGUUUUCAAGUAAACAAGGUAAAAUGUAAGGUAAAUAAAUGCAGAGAAAUGGAGGAUAAAUCUGGUCAAACUGUUCAUAAAUCUUCAAAUUUUAUCAUGGCAUCAAGGAAGAAUAUGAUGACUGUUGAGGAGGAUAGUGGAGAUGGUGAUUGUAGGGAAGGGAGGACUGGAAGAGGUAUUGCUCCUACUAGGUCUGGUUUGGCAGCAAGAGUUGAGAAGCUUGGUGAGGCUGUCACUGCCAAACAGCAGAGAAGUGUCAGACAUGGCUCCGAAAGGGUUGAAAGCAAGACAGAUCGUCAGCAUAUCAAGAAAGUUUCUGAGCGUAAAUCUUACACACGUCCAAAGCAGUCGAUUAAUGUUUUAUCAAUGGAGUCAUCUGAAGAAGCUUUUGAUGAUCAUGACGAGCUUGUGGCUGCAGCAACUGCCGCCGUUGAUACUGGAAGGGCUUGUUCUAGUUCAUUUUGGAAGCAAUUAGAGCCAGUCUUUAGUUUUGUUUCCUCAGAAGACAUAGCUUUCUUGCGCGAACAGAUCCAACUUACCGAUGAGUCAGCAGCAAGAACCCAUGUUGAUGAAGAUAAUUUUCAGAAAUUAAAGGUUGAUCUUGAGCUUGUCCCAAUGUCUUCAGGACCAGUUGGUACUAAUGCAUGGAAAAGCACUAGCUUGUCUGAUGGAAUUAGCUCUUACGAAUGUGAUAGAGAAGGGGGAUUUAUGAAGGAUACUGGACAUACUGGUCCUCUUUCAAACAGUGGAGUUUCACUUUGCCAGACACUUCUGUCUGCCAUAAUUGGAGAAGAAGAUAUCGAAAAUAUUUGCAGCACUGUUGACUAUGGGGAAGGAUAUUCAUUCGAGGAUUGCAAUGAUACACAGUUUGAGCUUGAAAAAGGUUUGAAAUCUAAAGUUUUGAACCUGCAGUUGCAGGGGGAUAGCCAAUUUGCUAGAACUUCAGACUGUUAUAAAGUUGAUGAAGAUUGGAGAUUCCCUUAUUUAACUUCAACUGAGAGGUCGGGAACUAAUGGCAUCAUGGAAACUUACAGUAAAACAUCAUCAAACUUUCAGCUAACCCCGAAGCAACUGGUGCCAAAGCAGACAACACCAUCCAACGGAGCAUGCACUGUGUUUCAGUACAACCAAAUGAACAUCAAUGACAGGCUUAUUGUUGAACUGAGUGAAAUUGGCAUUCACCCUGAAGUUGAAUCUGUGCCUGACUUGAAGUAUGGCGAACAUGAGGAUAUCACAGAAAGCAUCCAUAUGUUAGAGGAGAAACUCAAGGAACAGGCUGCUAACCGGAAAGGUCUGCUCCUUAAACUAGAGAAGGCUGCCAUGGAUGCCAAAGAACAACAACAAAGCGAAGUAGAGCUGUUGGCAAUGGACCGUCUUGUAGAGAGAGCAUACGACAGAUAUAAGGCAUGCGGGCGUCCUGGUACUUCUGGUUCCAGGAACGUGAGCAAAGUUGCUAAAAAUGCUAACAUGGCUUUUGUGAAACGAACAUUGGCAAGACUUGACAAGUUUGAAGAAACUGGUGUUAGCUGCUUUGAUCAGCCCAUUUUCAGGGAUAUGUUUUCCGCUUCUUCCCAUUGCAGCAAUUCACAAAGUAUGGACAUUUCUGCAAAUGAUCACAACGCAGUUACAAAUUCACAAAUUACUGGAAAAGCAGACCUACAUGAAAAAUAUUCCAGUGCUGCCCUACCGCAUCCAUUUAGGGAAGGCGAGCCCGGGUCGAAUCGCUUGAAAAAGAGGGAAGUAUCUCUUGAUGAUGUUGCUGGCAGUUCAUUUCCCUCUUCAAGAACUCCAGUUCCUGGAACUUCUAUGGUCAGUAGUGCGAAGGGUAAGAGGAGCGAGAGAGAUAGGGAUGGCAAAGGGCACAACAGAGGCUCUUUAUCUAAGAAUGGCACACCCAAGGUUGGUCGACCGGCUUCAUCUGGCAGCCUUAAGGCUGAAAUGAAAUGCAAAUCAAAGCCAAAAACCAAGACAACCCAAUCAUCCACUUCCGCGAACGUUCUUCAUGGAAAGAAUACUGAAACGUCUGCCGCUGGUUCGCCGCUCCCUCCGAAAUCAUCUGGAUUCGGUGCUCGGGAUGGCGAGAAGAACGAUAAUUUGUGCUCGCUUCCAGAUUCUGGAAUAAAAAAAUUCUCAAACAGUGGUGAGGCUGUUGACUCGAGUAACCUUCCACUCGAUGUUUUUGAAGGCCAAGGUCAGGAUAUUGCCUCAUGGUUGAAUUUUGAUGAUGAAGGAUUGCAAGACAAUGGUGACUAUGUGGGUCUUGAGAUUCCUAUGGAUGAUCUCUCCGACGUUCAUAUGAUGAUAUGAGGCUGGUAUCCUUGUACAGCUUUUUUGGCAAAUAGGGACUACUUAUAUAACCAUACCGUGAUACUGGUAGACACCCCUUUUUGAGUUUAUAGAUUCUUUCAGUACAAAUUUCUAAUAAUUGUUCUUCUCUACUGUAAGGAAUGCUUGAUCAUCGUUCAUCGCACAUUAAGAUUUGUGCGGAAGGCGUGAUGGACUGUGAUCUAUCAUUCCUUAUGGUAUAAGGAGUUUCCUAUGUAGAAAUUUUGUCCAUUCUUUUGAGGGACACUGAAAAAUUGUCUUACU